AUGGGUGAAGACCGGGAAUCACGCGUGCUGUCCUCUGAUGUCGAGUUCAAUGGCUCAGAUCUACAAGAUGAUACCAAAAGGAAGGGGAAAGGCCAAGGGCCAGUAAGCGAUGACCCGUUUGGAUCUGAAGAAGUCGCCGAGGUGAAAUAUCGGACGAUGAAUUGGUGGCAAUGUGGAAUGCUCAUGAUCGCUGAGAAUGUUUCUUUGGGAAUUCUCUCCAUCCCAUCGACUGUUGCAGUCUUAGGAAUGGUUCCCGCUGCAAUCUUGCUUGUGUUUCUAUCGACACUGUCCUGGUACACUGGCUAUGUUAUUGGUCAGUUCAAGAUUCGUUUCCCGCAUGUCCAUAGUAUGGGCGAUGCCGGGGAAAUCUUAUUCGGUCGCGCCGGACGCAUUGUGCUGGAGAUCGGGCAGCUUUUACUGUUGGUCUUUGUCAUGUCAAGUCACAUCUUGACCGGAACAAUCGUUCUCAGCACUAUCACUGAUAACGGUGCCUGUGGCAUUGUGUUUGGCGUUGUUUCGCUAAUGAUUUGCUUCCUGGGUGCGCUGCCACGCACAAUGGCCAAAGUGUACUGGCUGUCACUUAUCUCGUUUGCAAGCAUCCUUACAACGACAAUCGUAACUAUGGUCAGCAUCGGAGUCCAAUCCCAGGAUCCCGUUGAAGUUCAUGCCUUCCGACAGGUCAGCUUUUAUGAAGGAUUCCUGGCGUUCUGCAAUAUUAUGUUUGGAUUCAUUGCGCAUGUGACCUUUUUCGCUCUGAUUUCAGAAACACAAGACCCGAAAACCUUCCCCAAAUCUUUGGCUAUGCUUCAGAUUACAGAUGGUGUCUUAUACCUUGUUUCUGGCUUAAUAAUCUAUCGAUUUGCUGGCCCAGAUGUCAAAUCUCCUGCUCCUUCCUCGGCAGGUCCGCUUAUGAAGAAGAUUUGCUAUGGUCUCGCAAUUCCAACUGUUUUCAUUGCUGGUAUCGUUGUUGGUCAUGUUGCUUGUAAAUAUGUCUACGUCAGGGUCCUGCGUGGAUCUGCGCACAUGCACAAGAGAAGCUUCGUGGGCAUUGGAACAUGGAUUGGAAUUGGAGGCGUUCUUUGGGUAAUUGCUUGGGUUAUUGCCGAGUCAAUUCCCGGAUUCAACAAUCUUCUCAGUUUUGUCAGUGCACUGUUUGGAAGUAUCUUUAGUUUCGCACUUCCCGCUAUCUUCUGGCUCUAUAUGAACAAAGGCCGGUACUUCUCCACAAUGACGAAGUCUUGUCUGACUAUCCUCAACCUUGUCAUCUUUGCAAUUGGUUGUUUCAUGUGCGGAGCCGGUCUUUACGUUUCUGGUCGGGCUCUUGAUGAGACUGCUUCCCAUAACAGCUGGUCAUGUGCUCGGGAAUAA